GAGAAGGCUUCACGCUGCCCCCGGGCACCCUGCCGCUGGCCAUCGCCACCGUGGUGCGGCGGAGGCUUGAGCAGGAUUCUACCGUUUGGGCACCGUUCGAAUUGGGAGCGCCCUUGUUCCAGCACAUGCUGAAGGCGUACGACGAACAGGUGCACUUCCUGUAUUUUUGGCGCGCGCUCGCCGCGGCCGACUGCACCUCCCGCACCUACCUCCGAGACGACGGCUAUCUGGACGAAGGCGGCUUCUCGCUGGAGCUGGAGACCAUCCGGGACUCCGUCCUGGACGCGCUCGAGGCCGAGCGUGGCGGUGGCGUUCCUACCAUCGCCGUGUCACACUUGGUGGAGGCCAUGCGGAGAACGGCCGCCGUGUCCGCCACCGCCGAGUUCUGGCGCGCGGGCGCGGAGCGCUUGGACGGCGCCGGCGUCGGUGGGGGCCCGCUCGGCGCUGGGAGGCUGUCGCUCGAGGAGGUGACCGCGGUGAUGCUGUCCUGGUUGUGUGAUGCCGUUGCUUGGAAGCACAGGGCACCGUCAUGCCGAGCGACGACGCCGACUGCGGAGGCGCCCCUCCCGCCCGCGGCGGACGCCGAGGAGGCGGAGCUGCAGCGCCAGCAUUCACAGGAGGAGCCGCGCGGCGGUGGGCUCCCCGUGCUUGUCCACGUGUACGACGUGUCCACCGAGGAGAGCAUCCACCGGAUGAACAAGGUGUUGGCCCACCGGCACUCUCCGCUGAAGUUCGGGGGCGCAUUCCCACGGUGUCGAGGUGAACGGUCUGGAGUGGUCGUUUGGUUUCUGCAACGUCGAGUCAAUGUCCGGCAUCUCCUGCGUGGAGCCGCGCACGCACCCGAUGCACCGCUUCCGGCAGACCGUGCGGUUGCGCCCAGCGAGGGUUUCGGCGGAGGGGAUUGCGGAGGUGCUCUCAGAACUCAUCGAGGAGUAUCCGGGCAACGACUACGACCUCUUGCGGCGGAAUUGCUGCAACUUUGCUGA